AUGCAAAAACCUACCAUCUGCAGCAAUCCAUUCAAUCCUUUUGUGAACAUGUCCGAUAGAUCUCCAUCUCCACCGGUCAACCACCGUGAAAUGACUCUAGCAGAGAAGCGCAGGGUCCACUUGCACUUCCUCCGCUUGCGAGUCAAUGCUGAAGUCGAUGAGGUCCAACAAUUCUUACACUCCGUUUUUAAUGGCGAGGAAGAAUCUGUUCUCAUCGAUCCGUUACUUUCCAAACCCUACUUCUUCUUUUCUCUCAUUACCGACGUCGAUGCCACCAUUAUUCCAGCCGGUACCACUUUUAAUUUCGAUGGUGUCUCGAGGCUUCUCGAGAUUCGUGCUCGUAACGUCGAACUCACUAGACCAUAUUUAAUUGUUGCUGAAAACGACGUUUGGGUUAAUGCUAUUCAUUUGGUGUCGGGCUCAGUUAUUUAUUUUUCUGUUUACCUUCUUUAUUUAAACUAUCCCAACUAUGUUGUUGAAGAGGAAUUCAUGGAAAACCUUGUUGAGAGUGUCGUCCAUUCUCUGGACAGACGAAAUCAGUAA